GUCCGUAGGUUUUGCACGCUUCGGUCAUGCUCCAGCGCGCCGAAUCGUCAUGGCGGGCAAUUCUUCAAAGUCAUGCCCGUGUCGACACACAUACGUGACGUGGCGACAGACCAGACUUUGGCUGCCACCUUGGCGGAAAGCACAGAACGCAUU